UCGAAAUUAGUUCAGCUCAGGAUGUUUAAGCUAAACACUUGCUUUUGGUUUGCGAUCGCAUUAAUUGUUUGGAAUGCAUGUGCAUCCCAGGCUAAAUCCUUGGACGAUAUCCGAGCCGAAGGCCCACUUGGGUGGAUGGGUAUUUCUAAUUCCCGAGACCAGAAAUCUGUCAAGAAAAUCGCUAUAGAGGAAUUCAAGGAGAAACUUGGCAGGUUGCAAGCUCAGCAGAAGGACAUUCAGAAGAUUUUGGCAAUUCAACAGGAUUCGCUAAAUUAUCUGAAGAAAGAGCAGAAUUCUCUGAUGGAAAAUGGUAUGAAGAAGAUAGAGGACCUGACGGUAUCCUUACUAGAAAGGAUGGAAAAACAGCAGAAAGACAGCCAGACCAAGAUGGAAGCACAAGAGCAAGAGUGGGACAAAUUAAAAAUUCAGCAGGAAGUGGCAAAGGAAAUGUCAGAAGAUAUUCAGGAAAAACAGAAAAAGAUGGAAGACCGAAUGGAAACCUUUAUGAACAAGAUGGAGGGUCUGCAUACAUCCUUAGUUGACAGGAUGGAAAAACAUGAGAAAGACCGCCAGACCAAGACUGAGGCGCAGGUGCAAUUGAUAAGCCAGCCGAAAAUAGAAUUUCCAGACGAUUACGAAAUUUCAAAGGAAGUGCCAGAAGAUUCCGAAGAGCUUUCCACCCCGAACCGUUUCGAAAAGAUUGGGUCGAGACUUUUCUAUAUCGAGCGCACUAAUAAAUUAAAUUGGUUCGAAGCUGAAAGCUUCUGCCAAGAAAGAGGAGGUCAUCUUGCGGCAUUCGAAAACUUAGCGGAAUAUAACGCCGUCCGAGCGAAAAUCCCGGGCUUUGAUUUAUACUGGAUUGGCAUCAACGAUCAAGCCGAAGAAGGGGUCUUCGUAUCAUCGGCCUCAGGAGAGCCAGCACCUUAUUUGAAUUGGUUGAGAAACCAACCCGAUAGUGCCGGCGAUGAGGAUUGCGUUCAGAUGUUUGGCUCUACAUCGUUUAACGGAUUGAACGAUAAUAUAUGUAGUAAAAAGAUGUUAUUCAUUUGCCAGGCAGAUGAAAAAAUACAAUAUUAACAAUUUAAAUGCAAUAAUAAAAAUUAAUAAAAUUCUAAAA